AUGAAGCAAUUUCAACGGGAGAGUACGAGAGCUACAACAUUGUCGAUCGGCGAUAACCACAGCAAAGAGUUUCAUGACUUACAUGUACAGAAGACGUAUGGAAUGGUUCAUCGUCAGACCAGCUUAGGGGUUACUGUUUCGUCGGAGGUAAAUGGAAUAGACAACAAUUCAGUCGUGAUCAAGAAACUUAUUCACAAUGCUAAUGAGCGUGAUCGUCGCAAGAAAACCAACUCUGUGUUCUCAGCUCUUCGUUCAUGUCUUCCAGGCUCUGAUACGUCAUCUGAAUACGUUUCAUAUCAAUGA